CAGGAUCUCGCUAUCCUCCCUCUGCUCGCGGACGCCCUGCACUGAUUUGAUCUUCCAGAGACCUGACCUGCGUUUCCUGUCGAAACCCGGCGGCUGGAAGGAGCACCAUGUCUCUCUGUGGGCCGCGUCCCGACGAAGGCUCGGUAUCCAGGCGUGCCAGCGAGGAUCAGGCCGGCUUCCUGGGGUCCCGGGGUUACAUAUCCUCGGCCUCCUCGCUGAUCAGAUCAGUGACGACGGCCAGCGCCGACCUGACCAGGAGGUGGUGGAACUCCGAGCCCCCCCAGCGGCCCUUCCGCGUCUGCAACCACGACCGCUCUCGCCGCAAAGGCCUCACCGCCGGGACCCUGAGGGAGCUCGUCAACAAGGCCCUCGACGCUCUGCUCAUCACCGGGGUGGUCAGCAUGGUUCUGGAGGAGGACGGCACCGCUGUGGACACCGAGGACUUCUUCGAUCACCUGGACAAUGACACCGUCGUGAUGGUUCUGGAGAAGGGCCAGCGAUGGACCUCACAGAGGGGAAUGGUAUCCUAUGCUCUGACCCAGAAACCAAAAAACAGCAAAGACAUCGCCCGGAUCACCUUUGACAUCUACAAGCUCAACCCCAAGGACCUCUUUGGUUCUGUCAACAUCAGGGCUACGUUCUACGGACUUUACUCCAUGACCUUUGACAUCAAGUGUCUGGGGCCUAAGAAGGUCAUAAGAGAGCUGCUGCGAGCAAUGUCUACGCUUCUGUAUGGGAUUGGCCACCUCCUGCUCACCGCCUCCUCCUUCACUCGACGGGCCGUGGAGGGGAGCGCCACGCUGGUGGAGUACUACGACUGAUGGGCCUCCUCUUCCCCCACCCCUGGAGCACGUGUGUCUGCACCCACAACCCGGGAUCGCUCAGAGGAUACAGACAGACCGGCAACGCUUACAGACACAGACCGAUAUUGACACCUGCACGCACACACCUACACCCACCCACGCGGUCCCCUGCUUGUAAUUUGCAAUGAUUAAAUCUUGAGUCUAGUUCG